CAACAAAAUUUUGUUCUCGUUCUUACUUUUACACAGCAAAAUUUUAUAAUUUUUUAAAAUUUUUCUGCCGGGCUGUUCGACGAAGCAAAAUCAAUUUACCAGUACUACGACGGUGAGUGACGAUGCCAAUCGCUAACUUUCUUUCGAUGCAAUAAGAUCGACCACUGCUUGCUGGGCGCAGUUCGCGGCAUUAAGCCGCCCUAUCGCUCGGUGCGUAAUGCCCAAGACGGCGUGAUUAGCACCUUCCUGGACAAGUACAGUAGGCCCAAUUAUUUUGCCAUCCGCUUGGUGAUACCCGCCGAGUUGCCACCCAUCGAUCUGGCCGAAAUACUUAUGGACAUGCUAAAGAUGCAAAUAUUGCGCCGCAAGAAUUGUAUCGCGUCGUCCAAUUGGGUCAGGAUGAAAUAUAUAUGUCAAUACGGCAGCAAAGCCGAUGAGACGUUCAUCAUGCAUGACAGUGCCAUGAGAAAACUGCAGCAGGCCAUUGAAGAGCUCACCAAUCUGCUCGAUCAACUGAAGCUGGCGUAUGAGCCCGUUUCCUAUGGACGGAUAGCCGUGCAGGCUCAACAGUUGGAUAAGCGGGCCCAGAUAUGGCAGAAUUUGCUCAACGGCCGCAAUGAGCAGUUGGAGCGCCGUUUAGCUCGGGACAUUUCACUCCCAUAUCCUCCUGCAAUAGAUGCCCGCAUGCGCAUUUCGAAAAGUUAUCAAGUUAUCAACCAUAUGCGCACUUGGCGUUUCGGCUAAGGUCAGCAAAUUAGAAUUUGGUCGAAUUUGUUUGUAUAUCAAUAUGGUCACUAAAGAUGCUGCUGUGAUAUUUUACCUUGCUUUUGGAUAUAUAUACAUUUCUUUGGAUAGCAUCUACCUGGACUGAGACGUUCUACUGUCAUAGUGAUUCUGAUGUCGUAUGACUUCUAUAUUAACUUUAAAUUAAUCGAGUGCAACGCAUGUCGAGAUUAAUAAAUAACAUAUCAACAAC